AUGUCCCAAAGAAAAGAAGAGGAGGAGGCGACUUGGAUAGGUAGACCUAGUGGAAGGGCAUCUCAAAAGCAUUUUUGCAUGGACAUCUCUCUCUCUCUAUCUCUCUCUUGUCACCAGGACACCAACCACAAGACACGAGACACCAACAGCCAACACCUAACAACCAACAACCAACAGCCAGCACCAUCCAUCGACCAUGACCAUCCCCCACUGCAUCUAAAUAUAGUUGCUGUGGUGGCUCCCCCUGACUCCGACUGCAUGAACCACCCAGGCUCCCAGCCAGCGAGAGCGGGGCCGUCUGCGGGCAUCCUGGGUAUACACAGUCUAAAUGGCUUACGAUUUCUGAUAAACUACCGCUUAACGCCUGUCUCAGCUGGCUGUGUCGCGGGUGCUGGGAUGGAUGUGGCUGGUGGCUGUGAUGGCUCUGUGGAGGCGCAAGUAGGCGUCGGCAUCAGAGAAAUCUUUGGUGAUUUUUAA